AUUUAACUGGAAUGUUAUUGUGUCUUAAUUGUUGAUUAAUUGAUUUCUUUUCUAUUUAUUCCUCAUUUUAAUUGUUGUCUCUCUUUCUCCCUCUCUCUUUGGGAGUGUCUCGAUCUCUGAUCAUCAUCUCUUUUUCUCUUGAUCUUCGCCUUCCAUUGAAUCUCUUUUCUAUUUUCGUGUCUUCAUCAUUACUGUUUUUAUCUCUUUCUUUUUUCUCUCUCAUUCGUAUUUUGAUUCUUUCAUUUGAUCGAAAUCGGUGAAAUCAGUUGUUGAUUUCAAUAGAUAUUCUCAUCUGUUGUUACCUUGGCCUUUUUCUGCAAUUACUCUUGGUCUUUACGCUGUAUCUGUGUGUCGAUUGUAUUUGAUCAUCUAAAUCAUGGGAACUUUAGAUGAUAAAUUGUUGGGUGAAAAGAAACAUUAUUACUGUGAUAGUGAUGAUGAUGAAAGAGAUGAUAAUGAUGAUCGACGAUCUGGAAUAUUUGGAGCCAGUGGGGGACAAUCACGUUCCAUGGGAUAUGCUAAUCAAAUUCAAUCACCUCUCUCACCUACUGAGCCUUAUUCAACCAAUACUGGACCAAAAGGAGUUCUCAAUGACUUCAAGAGAUAUCAAGAGUUGAAACAAGAGAGAAAACGUUCAGAAGAAUUGAGUAAAUUAAAGUUAAUGGAGAAAUUGUCAAUGUCUUGUAAAACCUACAAUGAAGAAUUGGAAGAAAAGAAACAACAAGAGAUUGUCCAAGAUGAAUUGGAUAAGCUGAUGACCGAUGAUUCUGAUCCUUUUCUCAAUGAAUAUAUGAAAAAGCGAAUGUCCGAAAUGAUGGAGGAAGUUGAAGCUAAUCGAUCCGUUCGAAAGUCUGGAAAACUAAUCAGAUUGACCAAAGGUGAAGAUUUUCUCGAAGCCAUUGAAAAGGAAGCCAAAGAUGUUCUUGUAAUUUGUCACAUUGCCAAUGAAUCUAAUGAAGGAUGUGUAGCUAUGAAUGGUUGCCUCCAGUGUUUAGCAUCCAAAUAUCCAUUUAUCAAAUUCUGUGCCCUCGAUGCCCGAUCAGCCGGAAUGAGUGAACGUUUCAAGAAACAAGGAGUUCCUGCCUUAUUGAUUUAUAAGAACGGAAAUCUAGUUGGAAAUUUUGUUCGUCUCACUGAUGAAUUUGGUGAAGAUUUUUAUGCCUCUGAUGUAGAAUCUUUUCUCAUCGAACAUGGAUUCUUACCUGAUAAAACUUUGGUACCAGAAUUGAUGAAGAAGAAACAAAAUCGUGAUGCCAAUCAAGAUUCUGACGAUGAUGAUGAUUGUUGAUGGAACCAUGGAACUUCCAGUUUGGCUUCAGUCAUUCUCAUCUUGUUGCUAUACAAUUUUUAAGUGAUUCUAAUUGUAAUACUUAAUCUAAUAGAACUCAUUCCAUAUGAUAUUCCAAUUAAGUUGAACAAUUUUCAGCUUCCUAUCACAUAUCUUACUCCAUAUUCACUAUCUUCGUAUUCACCAUCGUUUUUUAAUGUUCAGGGUUAGUAAACCCACUUUUUAUCAUCCACUGGAGGUGAAAGACAUUAAGAUCAAUUUGAUAGCAAUUCGAUUCUAUUAAUGUCAUUACCUUAAUUAUCUUUAAGUUUCACCACGAUAACCAAAUGUUUGAUCAUUUUAUUUGAACAAAAUUAAUAAAAACUCUACUAACAUUUCAAUCUGUUAA